AUGGAUAAACAGAUCACAAUCGGACAAAUAACGCCGACGUUGAGCAAAUUCACCUUCGUCGCUAUCGUCAUUGACAAGGGUUACAUAAGAUCUCGUAUGGGAGGGGAUAAAGUUCAUGGAACCCGGGUCGCAGAUCACUCAGGAAGUGUAACCGUCGAGAUUUCUACUGCUGACUAUUUUGAUGUAAUUCGAGUCGGAGACAUUUUGCGGUUUCGCAACGUCAUUCCUAGUGUUUAUCGGACUAAAAUGAAAGUUUAUUGUGGAAAGUACUCGGAAUUGGCGAGAAUUGGCGACUUCCAGUUUUUGUUCUCGGAGACGCCUGACAUGAGUGAAUCUAACCCGGAAUACGCAAUUUAUCAAAAAGAAAGACCCGAAAGAUCAGAUGCUAAUGCUGAUCGUCCCGCCAUGCCCAAAGAUCCACGAAGAGUCGUUUCUGAACGUGCCACUCCACAACAGACGACCGCCCAACCUCGCGCACGGGAUGGUGUUCCUCCUGCCACUUCUCGACCGACACCUUCGCACAAAGAUCCCCGAAUGACAAGGCCAACA